UUUCUUGUUGUUUAUGUAUGAAAAAAGUUACCUUUUUUAUUUAUAUUUCCUUGAUAAAGAUGAUAGUAGUGUAUUUAGAUAUGCUUGUUUUGGUGAAGUGUUCUGUACAGAGGCGGAGCUAGGAUUUGGAAGUAUGAGGUCUGGGUUCUAAGAUUUUACUUUCUCAAGUGCUAGUAAUUGGAUUGUGGAUUUAUUUGGUGAUUUUUUUAAAAUGUAUAUACAUGAUUUGAACCAAAGAUAUAUGCUAACUCUAUCAAUGUGUCUGUGUAUCUGCAUCUUGUUUGUUGGUGAUGGGGGUAGUUGGUUAUCUCAUUGAGUGGUUGAAUUUUAAGGUAGCGGAAGUAGAAUAAUGUUGUGAGGAUGAGACCACUGACUUAUGAGUUAUGUUGCUCGGAUUCUCUUCAAGAGGCGGAGCAAAGAAAGCUUCAGGAGUAUUGACUUCUAGUAAUUAUUGAUGGAACCAAACUGCCCAACAUCUAGCAACGAUUAUGCUGCUGACAUCUCUUCCAUCAGGCAAGCUCAAGUACGCAUCGAGCCCUUUGCGCACAGAACUCCUGUCCUCACCUCAGAAACUUUAGACUCUAUUGCUGGAAGAAAGUUGUACUUUAAAUGUGAAUGCUUUCAGAAGGGGGGAGCUUUUAAAUUCCGAGGGGCAUGCAAUGCUAUUUAUUCACUUGAUGAUGAUCAUGCUGCUAAAGGGGUUGUAACUCAUAGCAGUGGAAAUCAUGCUGCAGCUCUUGCUUUGGCUGCAAAGCUACGGGGCAUCCCUGCUUAUAUAGUUAUACCAAAAAAUGCUCCAAAAUGCAAAGUCGAGAAUGUCAAACGUUAUGGUGGUCAGGUUAUCUGGAGUGAGCCAUCGAUGCAGUCCCGAGAGGAUACUGCAAACAAGGUGUUGCAAGAUACUGGUGCUGUUCUUAUUCAUCCCUAUAAUGAUGGUCGCAUUAUAAGUGGGCAGGGUACAAUAUCACUGGAGCUUCUGGAACAGGCUUCUGAAAUUGACACCUUAAUAGUCCCAAUAAGCGGUGGUGGUCUGAUAUCGGGAGUUGCGUUGGCUGCCAAAGCCAUUAAUCCUUCCAUUCACAUUUUUGCCGCCGAACCAAUGGGAGCGGAUGAUGCUUUCCAGUCGAAGAUCAAUGGCAGGAUCACUAAGUUAUCCGAGGUCAACACUAUUGCCGAUGGGCUUCGAGCCUUUCUUGGAGACCUUACAUGGCCUAUCGUCCGCGAUCUCGUGGAUGACAUCAUAGUUGUUGAUGAUGAAGAGAUAAUACAAGCUAUGAGACUUUGCUAUGAAAUUCUAAAGAUUGCAGUGGAACCAAGUGGAGCUAUUGGCCUUGCAGCAGUUCUUUCCAGUAGUUUUAAAACCAAUCCAGCCUAUAGUGAAUGCAAUAAUAUUGGCAUUGUAAUUUCUGGAGGCAAUGUUGAUCUUGGUGUGCUUUGGAAUUCCGUUAACAAAUGAGAAACUAUGUAUUCAAUCUCUCCCCUCAUUGGAACAAACUUCUAUAUGAUUCAUGUAUUCUUGCAAUUUCUUGUUCUUUGUUUUAUGUGUCACAUUAUUUGUUUUUUUUA